AUGUGGGAGGUUACCCUUGUGAUUCUGGCACUUGGUGUCCUUUUCAUUGGCGUUGGCCUUGCGAAGAUGGUUUAUCAGCGCCGUGCACGUAAACGACUGCAACGUGCCGCUGAACAACUUGAGAACAUCGCCAGAGAAAACCGAAUGGCAAACGACACCGAUACCAACAACAGCACUAAUCCCAUAAGACCAUUACAACAAUCCCAACAACGACAACAAUUAUCCCCAUCGUUAAUUUCUCAUCACACACCAUUGCCUUUAUCUAUGCAGAGAAGUGGGGAAAGAGUUCAUGCGAUUCCUAUUCAAGUACGUAGUGAGGCGGUGUUUGUGAAUGGAGCUUUAGUGCCCAGGGAUGAUGCCCACGUGUAUGGAACUGGACACUACUUACCACGAUCUGAGGAUAUGCAGGAGAGUAAAGUUUAUGAAGAGGAAGAUAAUAUAGAAGAACGAGAAGAAGAAGAAGGAGGAGGAGAAAUACAGAAAGAAGUAGAGAAACAACACGAAAAGAAACCGUAG